ACACCCAGUCACCCACCGCAUGGCGCAUCUACCUAGUAAGAAUAUAUCGGUACUAUGCAUAACACACCGUUCACAGCGAUUCUCCAGAAAAAUUACAUAAUUUUUUUCCUUCCCUUGUUUGGUUGCAUAGAAAACAUGCCAACACUGAGAAAAUGCCACUGUUUAAAAUCCUUGACACCUACAGAAACAAAAUCUUCAGUCAAUUAAAUUUAGUAAUUCCGUUUCGGUUGCUUUUGUCUUCUUCAAAAACCCAGAUAUUAAUGGAGGAAAAAAUUUCUCCAAGUUUCUCUCUUUCUCAUUUCCCGCUUUUUCUUUCAUUUUCUUGGUAUCCAAACAAUCGACAACUUGCCAUUGCUAGUUUAACGGUCCAGAUUGUGCUUAUUGAACGGUUCAGAUCCAACUUGCCAUUGCCGAAUUGUUGUAUGUGAAAAUACAUGCCGGCUUUUCCGCCUAUUUUUACAACUGCUAAUGUGUUUGCUCUGCUAACACUUGGUUUGAUUCUUGAAAAUCAAGGAAAAGGACAUGGUGGUGCGAGGAAAGUGUGGUGAAGGGGACGAGGAGACCACCUUCCAUUGAUGAGUUAAGCUCUAAACCUUGACCUCUGUGAAGGGCCAGAGAUCGACACUCUUAGUAACUCUUAGUAAACAAUCCCUUAUUCUAAGGUUGCUGCACAUUCUCAAGAGCAUGAUAGGUGCUGUCAUUGCAGGUUUUAUAUCUUCUAGGGAUAGGAGGCUGGUUGAGAUCUUCCCUAAAAGUUGGAGAGAACUUUGGAAUGAGUGGGAGAUCCGCGGACUGGUUCUGAUCAGCCUCUCUUUUCAGAUAGUGCUCAUGGUGCUGGGCAAUAGGAGAAAAUACGUGACAGGAAAUAGGAUUUCAAUCAUCCUUUGGCUCGCCUACUCAUCAGCAAGUACAAUCGCAACUGCAUCACUUGGCAUCAUCUCUAAUGAAGGAGGAGACAUAAACGAUGGUCCAUCAAAUCGAAAAGAUGUGAUAUUGGCAUUUUGGGCUCCAUUUUUGAUAUUGCAUCUUGGUGGCACUCAAAGUAUUACUGCAUACUCAUUGGAAGAUAAUGAGUUAUGGCUGAGGAAUGUAUUCGGGCCUUUACUUCAGUUAUUAUUGGCAAUCUACGUCUUCCUCAAGUCCUGGAUGGACACGCCACUUAGUUUCCUAGCUAUUCCAAUGUUCAUAGCUGGGAUAGUAAAAAAUGGAGAGAGGAUAUGGAUUCAGUGGUCAGCGAGUAUUGAACGAUUUCAAGCAUCCAUGCUUCCUCUUCCUGACCCUGGACCUAGCUAUGCUAAAUUCAUGGAUGACUACUUAUCAAAAACUGCUGAGGGAUUUGAUAUAUCAUUGGAGAAAGUUGUUGAAGGGUCUACAGUUUUGUGUUACUCUCCGAAAGCUGUGGCAAAUGACAUUGUUCCAGAUGGGGCUACAUUACGUGACGGUAUUUACUUAUUCGAUAUAUUCAAGAAGUUAUUUGCUAAUCAAAUCCUUAGCUUCCAAGAUGUCAAGAUUAGUCGAUCCUUCUUUCAUGACAAGGAUAUGAAUUCGGAGAAAGCCUUUAAAGUGAUUGAGGUUGAGCUCGGAUUGAUGUACGAUAUACUCUACACAAGGGCUGCGUUGAGUUGUACAUGGCUGGGUAACUUCCUUCGUUUGGUCAAACUAUCCUCCAUCAUGUUUGCAUUUGUUGAAUUUCUGUUAAUUGACAAGCAUGCUUACUUAGUGGUUGACGUGAAUAUUACUUACUUCUUGCUGGUUGGAGCAAUAGCCUUGGAAAUAUACGAGAUACUUGUUAUGCUCCCAUCUGAUCAUACUAUGUUUUGGUUGAGUAAGCACAAUAAGUCACUUGUAGAUUUUGCUUACAAUGUCAUCUUUCAUCUCAAAUAUUGGCUUCAAUGGUCUUCUUUGAUUGCUUUCAACAAGCGCUGGUCUAAUACCAUGGGAAGCUACAACUUAAUAAGUUUUUGCCUCAAAGAUAAGCCUACAAAGUGUGCUAAAAUUCAGAAGUUCUUAUUUAUUUACGAACUGCUAGAGAAGCAUCGCUACCAAUAUUUUCGUCUUGUCUCUGAAGAUUUGAAAAACUUAAUUUUUGAGCAGCUUAUGAAGAAAUCAAUGGGUGCCUUGAAUAUUAUGGUAUCUAAGCAAUUGUGUGAUCAAAGGGGUGAUCAAGUACUUAAAGAUAUGUGUUGUUUUGAUGAUAUUGGUUGGAGUGUAGAGGUGGAAUUUGAUCAGAGCAUUCUUUUGUGGCACAUUGCAACAGAUCUGUGUUAUUCUAUUGAUCUAAACAAGGAUGCAAAUAUGGUUGAAAAUCGGAACUGUAAAAGUAGCAAAUCUAUUGCAGAUUAUAUGUUGUAUCUUCUGGUCAUGCGUCCUUACAUGUUGCCUAAUGGGAUUGGGCUAAUCAGAUUUCAGGACACAUGUGCAGAGACCAUGGAAUUUUUUCAAGAAAAAAGACACAUAUUGAAGAGAAGCCAUGCCUGCGACGCAUUACUCCAAGUAAACACAAAAGUUGCUCCAUCUGAAGUGAAAGGCGACAUAUGCAAGUCAGUAUUAUUUGAUGCCUGUAGGCUUGCCAAGUAUAUACAGUCCGUGGAGAUGGUAAAUCAGUGGCCAAAUGAAAGGAAAUGGGAAAUGGUUAGUCAUGUGUGGGUGGAGAUGCUAUCUCAUGCUGCCAGUCAGUGCCAAUGGUUCAACCAUGCAAAGCUCCUCACACAAGGAGGAGAGCUGCUUACCCAUGUCUGGCUUUUGAUGGCUCAUCUGGGUAUAACUGAACAAUUCCAGAUUUCUCAUGGCCAUGCAAGGAUUAGACUGGUUGCAAGUUGAAAGUUGGCUAAUUAUGAAUCAUACACUUGGCUUCUAUUUGCCAAGUUAUGUGUUUCUGGGGGGUUAAAUCAUCUGCGACACAAAACAACAUCUGAAUCUGCAUGAAUUUUAUUUUUAUCUACUGACUGCUCAUAUCAUUGCUGCACUUCUUCCUGGAAGUAUCAUAAUCAUCGUUACUUUUGAUGCUAUGAACCACUGGCAUGCCUAAGCAGCAGAAUCAUGACUCACUGUGCACUACAUGCUUUACACACUUCUGAACGAGCUUUGAACGCAUUUUUGUCAGGUGACAGAAACAUAUCCAUUAGCAUCUUAAUUUACAAUGUUGAAUUUAAGAACGAUUGGUGCUUCAGAUGCAUUUUGGAUACAACUCUAGGUAUGAACUCCAAGGAGCUUAAUCCAGCAUCAUGAUGGUAUGGAUUUGUUUACAUAUAUUGCAUGAAGUUUUUACUUAUGUUUGAUGCAGUUGUUUUGACUUUAAUCAUGUCCCAUCGUGCAGAAUGUAUAAACAGUGAAUUAAAUAUGUUUGCUAUAAUGCUAUUUCAGUUUUUUGUGGAGUAGAAUGCUGUUCUUCCUCCUUUCUUCUCCUGGGUCAA